GGCUCGGCAGAAGAGAUGGGGAGGGGAAAGAUUGAGAUCAAGAGAAUUGAGAACACCACGAGCCGCCAAGUGACCUUCUGCAAGCGCAGGAACGGCCUGCUGAAGAAGGCGUACGAGCUCUCCAUCCUAUGUGACGCUGAGAUCGCUUUGGUCAUCUUCUCUAGCCGAGGCCGCCUCUACGAAUAUUCCAGUAACAGCGUAAGGUCGACAAUUGAGAGGUACAAGAAAGCCUCUGCCAGCACUUCGGGGACAGCUCCGGUGGUAGAUGUCAACUCCCAUCAAUACUUUCAGCAAGAAGCGGCAAAACUACAUCAGCAGAUACAAACCUUGCAGAAUUCAAACAGGCACCUGAUGGGUGAAUCAAUUGGCAAUAUGACUGCAAAGGAGCUCAAGAGCAUUGAAAGCAGGCUGGAAAGAGGCAUUGGUCGAAUCCGGUCCAAGAAGCAUGAGCUGCUGCUGGCAGACAUCGAAUACAUGCAGAAAAGGGAAGCAGAGCUACAGAGUGAGAACAUGUUCCUGAGGGCCAAGGUUGCAGAGGCCGAGCGAGCUCAGCAGGAGGCGGCAGAAGACCAGCAGAUGGCGCCGCCGCCGGAUGUAGCGGAGGCGACGACGGAGCUGCAAGCGCUGCCGGCGUCGUUGGACCCGCGCGGCUACUACCUGCAGGCGCAGGCCAGCAUGAUGGCCGCCGCGUCUGCUGCUGCUGCGUCGUCGUCGUCGCAGCAUCAGCAGGGCCAGCAGGAGCACCAUCACCUGCAGACUGCCCUCCACCUCGGGUACCACAUCAAGGUCGACUCCGCCGCCGCCAGCAAAGGCUUCCUCUAG